AUGUCCCGAUUCCUCCGUCCCGCAGCACGCCUGGCGUCCUCUGCCAGAGCUGCCUCCCUCCGCACCUCCCCCAUCUCUCAAUUCGUUAGCCGGCCUGCUGCUUUCACCAUCCAGUCACGGACAUAUGCCGACGCAAAGGGAACCAAGGACUACACUGUCCGAGAGGCCCUCAACGAGGCCCUCGCCGAGGAGCUUGAGGCCAAUGACAAGGUCUUCGUUCUGGGUGAGGAGGUCGCUCAGUACAACGGCGCAUAUAAGGUCACAAAGGGUCUUCUGGACCGGUUCGGCGAUAAGCGUGUCAUUGAUACACCCAUCACCGAGAGCGGUUUCUGUGGUCUCGCCGUUGGCGCUGCCCUCAGCGGACUGCACCCUGUGUGCGAGUUCAUGACCUUCAACUUCGCCAUGCAAGCCAUCGAUCAGAUCGUCAACUCCGCCGCUAAGACCCUCUACAUGUCCGGUGGCAUCCAGCCCUGUAACAUCACUUUCCGCGGCCCCAAUGGCUUCGCCUCUGGUGUUGCUGCGCAGCACUCUCAGGACUACUCAGCCUGGUACGGCAGCAUUCCUGGUCUGAAGGUCGUCUCCCCUUGGAGUGCCGAGGACGCCAAGGGUCUGCUCAAGGCGGCCAUCCGCGAUCCCAACCCCGUCGUCGUUCUCGAGAACGAGCUCAUGUACGGCCAGACUUUCCCCAUGUCGGAGGCUGCCCAGAAGGAUGACUUCGUUAUUCCCUUCGGCAAGGCCAAGAUCGAGCGCUCCGGCAAGGACUUGACCAUUGUCACGCUCUCCCGAUGCGUCGGCCAGGCUCUGGUUGCUGCUGAGAACUUGAAGAAGAACUACGGCGUCGAUGUCGAGGUUAUCAACCUGCGCUCCGUCAAGCCCUUGGACGUCGAGACCAUUGUUCAGUCUGUCAAGAAGACCCACCGCCUGCUUUCCGUUGAGUCUGGAUUCCCUGCCUACGGUGUCGGCUCGGAAAUCCUGGCUGUGACGAUGGAGUACGCCUUUGACUACCUUGAUGCGCCCGCCCAGAGGGUCACUGGUGCCGACGUCCCUACCCCUUACGCGGCCGGCCUGGAAGAGAUGGCUUUCCCUACUGAGCAGAUCAUUGAGAACUACGUCGCCAAGAUGCUGCGUCUGUAA